AUGGGUUCCCUCUUCUGGGGAUAUUUUCCUGACGACAGCCCCAGGAGGUCAUCUGUCGCGCAAGUGGGGACCCAAGUACUUGAUGUUCGCUGCCAUGGAUUUUUGCUCCCUUCGGUACAGACUCACCUUGCAAAAUGGACUCCACUGCAGGAAAGAAAUAGAACAAUAGCAAUCGUGCUGAGUGGUACACAAUUCGGUACCGUUCUGACAAUGCCCAUAGCUGGGUACCUGGCCGCCAGUCCGUGGGGCUGGCCCAGUAUCUUCUACUGUACCGGACUGUGCGGUGUAUUGUGGUCUGUGGUCUGGCUGUUUGUGGCCAUCAGCGACAGAGAGCGGGAGUAUAUAAUAACUACUCGCAUCGGAAGUUCUUCACAUAGUCAAGGUAUGAAGACUCCAUGGAGGCACAUUCUUACAUCGAGGCCAGUAUGGGCAUUGACUGCCGCUCAUUUCUCUUUUAACUGGGGGAAAUGGACGCUAAUAACAGAACUAUCCAGCUUCUUGAGACACGUUUAUGGGUACGAUAUAAAAAGUAAUGGUUUGCUAUCAGCCCUACCUCCAGUAUGCUGUCUACUAAUGGUAUUAGUAUUCUCAUACAUAGCAGAUUUCAUAAACAUGAAAGAAUUCAUUUCGCUGACUCUAUCUAGGAAGAUAUCGAAUUCUAUAGCCCAGUGGGGAAGUGCCAUAGGUCUGUGCACGAUGGCGUUUGUCUCCAACCCAACCAGUGCGGUAAUUCUUCUCACAGUCUCAAUAGCUCUGACGGCGGGGGUCCUUCACGGGUAG